AUGGGCCAGAAAUGGUCGAAACUCCUCAACAUUUUCAGGGAUCUCCUAUUCGGUCCAAUACCUAAGUUAAUCGACCACGAAGAGGGCGUGUGGACGGAUGUGGAAGAAUCUUUCAAUGCUCGUUAUGAGCGAAACCUCAAAAGUCAGAAGCGACAGCAAAAAGAAAGAUUCGCAGGGAGGGCUUGUCCCAAAGAAGAAAUAGGGAAUUUUGUCAUCCUAGGUCAUCUUGCGUCCGGCGCGUUUGGGGAGGUUUUCAAAGUCUAUAAACGCGACAACCACACGAACUACGCCCUAAAAGUUCAACCUAAGCGUCUGUUCCCCACCGCUCAACGAGCACAAGAAGCCAUUUACGAGAAGGAGCUGCAAUAUUCUCUGGACAGCGAAUUCGUGGUCAAACUGAUAUACGCUUUCCAAGAUAUCGAGAACCUCUACCAGAUCAUCGAGUACGCGCUCUAUGGUGAUCUGAUGAAAAUCUUCGCAGAGUGUAACUCAGAGUGGACUACCAAGUUUUACGCUGCUCAAAUUAUCCUGGGAGUGGAGUAUUUACACGCAUGCAAUGUCAUACAUCGCGACUUGAAACCUGCAAACUUGUUCAUUUUCGAGGAUAUGUAUUUGAAGAUAGGGGAUUUCGGGGGAGCGAAACAAGUGAAGGGACGAACCUACACCUGGGUCGGAACACUGCGAUACAUGGCUCCGGAAAUGCUGGACUCUGCGGGCCACGGGAAAGAAGUCGAUUGGUGGGCCGUGGGCUUACUGCUGUACGGGGGCUUAUACGGGGAGCUUCCAUUCUACCGCAAGGGAUUCCGCAGAAGUCAGAUCAUGGAUGCCAUCAGACACGUGAGCCUGACUUUUCCGGAGUCUGUGGAGAAACAUCGGCCGGUCAAUCGGCUCAUCAGCGGUUUGCUCAAUAAGAAGCCCCACAAACGGCUAGGUUCGCUCCGCAGAGGGGUGCAGGAGAUCAAGCGCAACGCAUGGUUCAGCGAUAUUUCGUUCUCUGAUGUUUAUUCGAAGAAAAUCAGAUUCGUGGCGAAUAUUGACCCUGUGAGACCGAAAGUCACCGGACGCUACGAGUUCCUCUAUCGACGAACUGACGACAAUCCCGAUCCGGAUCGUUUCGCCGGGUUUUGA